ACGAGUGACUCCCUCCCAAGAGACGGACCCAAAACAAACGAAACCAUUCCACAGCCGCACGAAUCUCAAACAUGCUUCCCUCUUCCAUCGGACGAAACAUGGUGUCGAUGGCGGCCCAGUUUGAUUGAACCCUCGCUCGCGCCGCCACCCUCCGCACCUGCAGCGGCGGCGGCGGCCCCCACCCCACCAUGCCCAUCUCCGCCCCCAACACCACUCCACGCCCAACUUCGACCUCCUCCAUUGUUUUCAUUGUUAUGUUCAGGAGAUCCUCUUCCAUCCUCCUCCUCGUCAACCCCGCCCAUCACCUCCGAUCUGCCACUCCAACCUCUUCCCUCUAUCCCACCCACUCCUCUAAGCCCAUUUGCAGCAGCGCUGGUCGCAUAGCCGACUUGUUAGAGAUACUGGCUCCUCUCGAUCACGUCUUCCGCGGCGACUUCCAUGUCAAAGGCUACGUCAAUUCGCUCAGGAAAUGCCUGCGAUCCGGGGAUCAUCGCAUGGUGAGCUCGCUUCAUGCUCGUUUGAUUACACGCGGAUUCGACUCGGAUCUUCUCUUGUGCAAUGUCUUGAUGGAUAUGUACGCAAAAGUUGGGCUGAUGGGCUGUUCCGCCAAACUGUUUGAUGGAAUGACCGAAAGAGAUUUGAUCUCUUGGUGCACCCUCAUCUCUGGCUUCGUGCGUUGUGGCUGCAUUUUAGAGGCCUACGGUGCGUUCCGGCUGAUGCAGAGGGCCGGUUGGUGUCCCAACCAUUUCGUGAUAUCUUCGGUUCUGAAUGCAUGCUCGGCAUCUGGAAUUCUCGAAAUGGGCGUCCUCGUCCAUGGAGUGGUCAUCAAGAGGGGAUUAGGGCUUGAUAGGUUUGUGGAGGUCGGGCUUGUUGGUGUGUAUGCUAAAUGUGGGGAUUUGGAUGAUGCAUUGAAGGUGUUCUAUGAAAUUCCGGUGAAGACCCCAGUUGCUUGGAAUGCUAUGAUUUCGGGCUAUUUUUUGAAUGGAUUCCUUAUUCAUGCACUGGAGCUCUGCAGGGACAUGUGUCGUGUUGGGUUUGUUAUGGACUUAGUGACCUUGAGAGUUGUGACAGCUGCCGCAUCAGCUCUGCAAAUUUUGGAGCUUUGCCGGAACCUUCAUGUUUACUCCAUAAAAGUUGGUAAGGAUGCUGACAGCUUUGUGGUAGCUGAGCUUGUCAAGUUGCUCACGGUGCUCGGGGAAGUGGAUUACAUUCACAAGCUUCGUAGAAAGAUUAGAAAGCCAGAUGCAACUUUGUAUUCCUUACUAAUUUCGGGAUACCAUUUACAUGGUUACAGAGAAGAGGCCGUGAAGCUAGCAGAGGAACUUCUUAACUUGAACUUGAGUCUUAAUGAAGGAGCCUUGGUUGCUAUUCUUAACCUGUGCUCUUGCAAGGAGGAUGGCACCCAGAUCCAUGCAAAUUUCUUGAAAUCCGGACACCUGUCUUGUCUUCCAGUGGGCAAUUCUUUAAUUUCAAUGUACGUCAAGUUUGGCGACAUGGUGAAUGCGCAUAUAACGUUCAAUAGCAUGCGAAUACAUGAUGUUGUCUCAUGGACUGCAAUUAUCGCAGGCCUCAUUCAGAACUUGCAGUUUGCAGAAGCUAUUGAGGUUUUCUGUGCUUUUAGGACAAGCGGAAUUCUUUUGGACCAGCAUUCUGUGGUAACAGUUGUUAAUGCCUGCACUGGCCUUCGAGAUGUAGACAAGGGCAAGCAGAUUCAUUGUCUGGCUCUAAAGCUUGGAUUUGAACUUUCCGUUUUUACAAGUGCAUCUAUGAUCAACAUGUAUGCUAAAUGUGGCAACAUCAACAGUGCUGUUAGGCUUUUCUCCUGCAUAUCCUUGCCACAAAGUCUAAUUCUGAUAAAUGUCAUGCUUGCUGGGUACUGCUGGAACUUUCAACCAGAAAAAGCUAUUGACCUUUUUGUAAGGGAGCAUCGCUUGGGGUUUGUUCCUGAUCAGUUCAGCUAUUCUACUAUUCUUAGUGCUUGUGCAGAUAUGCAGUUGAGGAGGGUGGGUGAGCAAAUUCAUUGUUGUAUAGCCAAGAGCGGAUUUUUCUCAGAUGUUGUCACUGGAAAUGCUCUUAUAAACCUUUAUGUCAAAUGUGGGUGCAUGGCCAGUGCUUGCAAAUUCUUUUACAAUAUGAAAAGUUGGAAUGCUUAUUCAUAUGCGAUUUUAGUGCUUGGUUAUGUAGAAAAUAGAGGAAGCACUGCAGCACACCAAGUGUUAUUUCAGAUGCAGCAAAGUGGUUUGCAUGUGAAGCCAGUGUCCUUUGGCAAAAUUCUAAGGAGCUGUACUGAUUCUGCAGCAAUUGAUCUUGGAAGACAAAUACAUGCCUCCAUAGUGAAGAUGGGUCUGGAUUCAGAUGUUGACAUGGGAAAUGCAUUAGUUGGAGCGUAUGCAGAAUCUGAAAAGACCCAUAAUUUCAGGGAGGUUACUGAUGGUAUGUCAGUAAGAGAAGAGGGGAUGCCAGAUUAUGUGUUCACUGGGUGUCUGGAGGAUGCCAUUGUUAGAGGAAAGAAUCUUAAAGCUUUUGGACUGUAUAAACUGGAAAAGGUAAAGAAAGGUACCUAUUCUUACGAAUGUUUGGUAAAUCCCUACCUGAGUGCAUUUGCUACAUGUGAAAUGUAUCAAAAUUCUGCCCUUCCACAUUUGGACAAUGAACAUACAAAGUACAGGAUACACGAUAAUUCUUCAGAUAUGAUUGAAGAUAUCUUAGAAAGCAGAGUGUUACUACCAAACUCCACUGAUAAUGCAUAUGCCAAAAAAGUACAUCGACCAAGCGAGCUGGAUGAAAGAAUGGAUUAUUUCAAGCCAGUCAACCGAUCAUCGGAUGGUGCAAGUGGAAAUAUACUAUGCAUUCCAGUUUGAAUAAGAGAGCCAUAUUAGGCAGAUGCAACAGGAUAAUUCAGUGAUCGCAUAUGUACCAGAGUCACUGAUUCUGCUUGGGUUCAGAAUUAUUUUGGCUUUAUGCUACAGCGAUGGGAAUAUGGAGCUGUAACAAGAAGCAUGGCAAGGUAACUAUAUGCGAUGGAAACUGAGUCAUCCAGUCUUAGUCCCUAAUAUUCCAACUUUGUGAAGUAGAUGAUUCAAACUGGAGGUGAAGGGUCAGCAGUGCAAGGAUACAGAGGAUCUCAUUUAUAAUUGUGUAUGGAGAAAAUGAGAUGACGAUUUUGUUGCACAGAAAGAGGAAAGUGUAGAAGCUAUCUAUCUUUUCAGAAAGGCAGAAAAUAAGUUUCUGCUUGCAUUUAUUGUUCAUCCAAGUGAAUUUGGAAGAAAUUGGUUGUUUUCCCAAGUUCAGCUGGUGCCAGUCACUCCGUUGCUUUAACCUUUUUUGUGAUGCAGCAUGUGGGCUAAUUCACUGCUUCAUGAAGGAGAUACAUUUGAUAAACUAUACAAACUCUCAGCUUCUAUUGAUUAAACUAUACAUUUGUGCCCAAAGAAGUCUCCGUAGAGAGACCCAAAAGUAAUCAUGAAAAAGCACAGGUGCAGCAUAUGUGGAUUUUAACAAUCAGCCAUUGCAUGCCUAAUCAUGUGAAAAUCUCUGAAGGGACUGAAGAGGCAGAUCAGUUCAAGAUUCUCCAGUAUUUGUCCUUAUAAAAUCACAAAAAAAUAGAAAGAUUGGGUCUCAGAAAAACAACAACAACUAUGGAUCAAAAGCAGCUCAAUUGGAGGUAUGCCCUGUAAUUCUCAGUUACUUCUUGUGAUCUGCAGUGUGUUCUGUAAUAUUAGUUAGAUGCCCAAUAUCUUACUGCAUUCCCUGUUAUUAUGACUGAUGGUUGUGCUAGCUUUUUCCAAGUUAGACCAUGCAUAUACCUGUAGCAUGUACAAAAAAGUUAAAACUUGCAUAGUUUUAUUCCAUGGUUUUAUAUUUGUGCU